CUCCAAGCCUGACGACUUCCACGCUUCGUGUUUUUGCUGCUUGUGGUCCUGGCCACUCCCGGUGCCAUCCAGCUUGGUGUCAACAUUGGAGGUAGCACGUCUUGCAACUCCAACCCAAGUUUAUUUGCUGGCCAUGAGCCCUGAGAGCCAGCUGAACAGGAUCUUCGUCUGCGGGUUCCAUAGAUGACUCGGAGAUUCUGUCACAGUUCCGUAUAACACAAUUGAGAGGAACCCAAGGAUGCAGACAGACGGCUGCAGACGACAGUGAUGAAGGACACAGGCGUCCUCCUCGGUGCACGUGUCUGGUGUCCUGUUACGUGCGAGAGGGAGUGGGAGUCCUUAGCGUCACACCACCUGAGGAGGGAACCACUUGAAGGGCAAGAGCGAGGACAGGAACACAAAAGUACUGCCGAGGGACUUCAUUGAAGAAAAGGUGUGGUGUGUUGAACAUGACCCUACAUAACAAACGCAAUCUUCCUUUGUGGAGCCACAGUCCUCCACAAGAUGGCCGAGGCCCACCAGGCGGUGGGCUUCCAGUUCACCGUGCGUCCUGAUGGCGUGGACCUGAAGCUGAGCCAGGAAGUCAUCAAGAACAUCUACCUGUCGGGGGUGACGGCGUGGAAGAAGAGAGCCAUACAGUUUAAGAAUGGCGUGUUGGCUGGAGUCUACCCCGCCAGUCCAUCCAGCUGGCUGAUAGUGGUCAUAGCAAUGAUGAGCAGCCUGUACACGGGCGUGGAUCCUUCUCUGGGACUGAUGGACAUCAUCAAGGAGAACCUUCCCCUCAGAGGAUGUAUAUCCACGCAGACCCGAGCCGUGCUGGGCGCCAUCUUGUUUGCCAGCGGACUCUGGCUCUUCCUCAUCUACCUGCUCAGGUACACCCUCAAAGCUCUGCUCUCCUACCACGGGUGGAUCUUUGAGUCCCACGGCAGAAUGAGCACGUCCACCAAAGUGUGGCUGAACCUGGUGAAGAUGUUCUCUGGGAGAAGACCUCUCUUGUACAGCUUCCAGGCCUCCUUGCCAAGACUGCCUGUUCCUAAUGUGGAGGACACCAUCUACAGGUAUCUGGAGUCAGUGCGCCCUCUGCUGGACGAUGAGCGCUACAAGCAAAUGGAGACACUGGCCAGCGAGUUCCAAGAGUCCAACGCUGCUCAGCUGCAGAGAUACUUGAUCGUUAAGUCCUGGUGGGCCACUAACUAUGUGAGCGACUGGUGGGAGGAGUACAUCUACCUGAGAGGCAGGGGUCCCAUCAUGGUCAACAGUAACUUCUACGUCAUGGACCUUCUCUACGUGACCCCCACACACCGCCAAGCCGCACGGGCGGGCAACGUGGUCCACGCCAUGCUGCAGUACCGACGCAAGCUGGAGCGUGGCGAGCACGCACCGCUGAGGGCUUUGGGGACGGUGCCUAUGUGCUCCACUCAGAUGGAGAGGAUGUUCAACACCACGCGCAUCCCCGGCAUUGAAACAGACAUAGUGCAGCACCUGAGUGACAGGAAGCACCUGGUGGUGUACCACAAGGGCAGGUUGUUCCAGGUGUGGCUGUACACAGGAGGACGUCACCUCCUCCCCAGUGAACUGGAGACUCAGUUCUCCAGGAUCCUCGCCGACACGUCGGACCCUCAGCCGGGGGAGCUGAAGUUAGCGGCGCUGACGGCGGGCAAUCGAGUUCCCUGGGCUCAAGCUCGGAUCAAGUACUUCAGCCAAGGAGUGAACAAGACCUCCUUGGACGCGGUGGAGUCGGCCGCCUUCUUCCUGGCGCUGGACCACCAGUCUCAAGGUUACGACCCUGCAAGGAGCAACAGUCUGGACGCCUACGCCAAGUCACUGCUGCAUGGAAGAUGUUACGACAGGUGGUUUGACAAGUCCUUCACCUUGGUUUCUUACCCUAACGGGAAAAUGGGAAUAAAUGCUGAACAUUCCUGGGCUGACGCACCAAUAGUAGGACACAUGUGGGAGUACGUCCUGGCCACAGACUGCUUCCAGCUGGGCUACACAGAGGAGGGACACUGCAAAGGAGACAUCAACAAGGGUCUGCCUCACCCCACCCGACUCCAGUGGAACAUUCCUCAGGAGUGCCAGAACAUCAUCGAGACCUCCUACGUGUCCGCCAAGAAGGUCGCCGACGACGUGGACUUCCACGGCUACGUCUUCAAGGACUUUGGGAAAGGUCUGAUCAAAAAGUGCCGGACCAGCCCGGACGCCUUCAUCCAGCUGGCCCUGCAGCUGGCCCAGUUCAGGGACCAGGGAGAGUUCUGUCUGACCUACGAGUCGUCCAUGACACGCAUGUUCCGAGACGGCCGCACUGAGACUGUGCGAUCCUGCACCGCCGAGGCCGUCGCCUUCGUCGGAGCCAUGGAGGACCAACGGAGGACAAACAGCCAGAGGCUGGCCUCGUUCCAGAAGGCUGCAGGGCAGCAUCAGAACAUGUACCGUCUGGCCAUGACCGGUUCUGGGAUCGACCGCCACCUCUUCUGUCUCUACAUCCUGUCCAAGUAUUUAGGUCUGGACUCCCCCUUUUUAAAGCAGGUGCUGUCAGAACCUUGGAAGUUGUCCACCAGCCAGACUCCUCAGCAGCAGCUCAACUUAGUCGACCUCAGCAAGUUCCCCAAAUAUGUCAGUGCUGGAGGUGGAUUUGGCCCCGUGGCAGAUGACGGUUACGGCGUGUCUUACAUCAUCGCUGGAGAAAACCUCAUCACUUUCCACAUCUCCAGCAAGUUCUCCAGUCCUGACACAGACUCGUGCAGGUUCGGUAGGCACAUCCAGAAGGCCAUGGUGGACAUCCAAGCACUUUUCAAGUCCACCAACGACAAGAAGACCUCCGAGUGUGACAAGAAGACGUCGGAGUGUGACAAGAAGACCUCCGAGUGUGACAAGAAGACGUCGGAGUGUGACAAGAAGACAUCGGAGUGUGACAAGAAGACAUCGGAGUGUGACAAGAAGACGUCGGAGUGUGCCGAGCAGCUGAAGAACGGGAAGAAACACAAGUAGUAGUCAUGGUCGUGUCUAACUUCCUGCCAACAUGGGCGAUCAAGGAAGGAUAAACGCUUCUGCUUCUAAUUCUACUUUUCUGCAUGUUCCUUGUAAAUAAAUCUACUUUUUGGAA